ACGCCUCCUGGAAACAUAGCUCGUUUGUGUUUUUUUCCUGCCAAUUUUCCUUUCUUCGGACGCUUGAGGCCAGUCGUCAUCGCUAGCUCAUGCCGUAUGGACGCAAUGUGCCAGUGACUGUGACCUAUAAUACCAAAUAAAUAACUUCCAAAAUUCCACAAAUUUAUUUCAAGAAAAUUGUGAAUUAAUUCACAUGACAGAAUUGAAUUACUGAGAACCGCCUGAAUACGCUCUGAAAAAUGAAGGAAGAAUUCAAAAUAAGUACGGAAUUAGAACCCAGUGAGAGAACGGCACUGAGACAAAAAUUGGAAUCGAUUGACGAUAUCUUGCCUCACGUCGGAGACUUCGGGAAAUAUCAGUGGUAUUUACUCCUCGCGAUAUUUCCGUAUAGUCUGUCCUAUGCUAAUCUCUACUUCUCGACAUUCUUCUUCACUCUGGUACCCCAGGAGCACUGGUGCCGUGUCGCUGAACUGCAGGAUCUCAACUUGACAAUGGACGAACGCGUGAGAGCAUCAAUUCCAUCAUCAGAUAAAUACCCUUACUACGACAAAUGCAAUCGCAAGGAUUUGAACUUUAGUGAUCUUCUGAAAGUAAAAAAAUUCAAUAUCGAAGCGUGGCAGACAAAUAAAACAGUACCCUGCGAUCACUGGGAGUACAACAAGUCUGUGGUACCUUACGACAGUAUUAGCAGCGAGCUAGAUUGGGUAUGCGACAAGGAGUACAUGAUAUCUACCACCCAGGCGAUCUUUUUCCUCGGAUCGAUACUAGGCGGUUUUUUGUUUGGAUGGCUCGCCGAUCAUCGAGGUCGAGUACCAGCUCUUGUUCUGUGCAAUAUCAUCAGCCUUAUAGGGACCAUCGCCACAGCUUGGGCUGACAGUUUCGCCACAUUUGCUCUCUGCCGAUUCAUCACAGGAUUCGCUUACGAUAAUUGCAUCAACAUUCCACUAAUUUUAAUCGUUGAGUACAUGGGAGUCCAUCGUCGCACUCUAGUAUUCAACAUAGCCUUUGGUAUCCACUUUGCACUCGGCAGUACACUUUUGCCGUGGUUCGCUUACUACAUCGCCAAUUGGAGACACUUGGCGUACGUCGUUGCUAUUCCCAUGGCAAUCGGUCUACUCACACCCUGGAUUUUACCCGAAAGUGCACGAUGGUAUGCAUCUCAUGGUAAAUGGGACAAAGUGGUGGAAAACCUCAAGAAAAUAGCGAAAGCAAAUGGGAAAACUCCAGAUCCUCGAAUCUACGAGACUUACGUGCGAAAUGCAAGUAAUGCGAGUAAACGAAGUGAAUCAGCAACAAUGCUUGACCUCUUCAAGACUCCACGUCUCGCCAGGAUGACAAUACUGAUAACUGCCUUUUGGUAA